AUGAACGACCUAGCCCUAGCUAGCCCCUCUCCAGCCCUAUGGUUUAAAACCCUGCGAAGGUAAAUAAGCGCUUGAAACACCGUAACACAUUUCUUUCCAUCACAAAGACAAUGCAAGUUGACAGAUCAGGUCUGCAUACACAUUAUGAUGACUAAAAGUGUGACAGAUGCUCUCUCUUCCUUGUCCUAAAGAGUACUAAAUAGCAUUACCUUCAUUUAGAUGAGUUCAAUGAUUUUUUAACGACAGAAUAAUCUGAUAUUGGCAUGGAAGCAAGAAAAGUUAAAUCUAGAGAUUUUAAGACAUUGCUGUUUUCCACUUGAAACCGCCUCCUCCUCCUCCUUUCACAUAAUGUUCUAGAGACACUGGGUUAAAAACGUGUUUAGAGACUCUUUGUUCUCCUCACCUGAUUGGCUUGGUUUUAGGAUUUUGAUUACUCUCCCUGCCCUCCACUAGGGUUUUCCAGUGCAUUGGCUUAAUUUAACACUCACUCUGCUAAGAAAAGCUAAUAGUGGAAAAUACUCAACAGGAAAAUCAUGAGUUUUAAACUAAAGGCAUGCUAUGUUUGUCAGAGAAAUGGCCAUUUAACCUGCACAAGGUAAGAUGAUGAUGUUAAGUUUGGGUUGAGGUUAUGUUCUUCUUUGGUUGCCCUGUGCUGUUAAAAACUUGUGAUGAUCCUGGUGGUUUUCAGAACCGGGCUAAGAGAGCAAUGUUUGAAGACUUUCCCUCUGGAGUGUGUGGAUCUGCUGAAGAGGUCCAGAGUUGCCUUCAAAGCUGGACGCACCCUGAAGGAGAGCUUCAGACUCGCUCAGCUGGAGGCUUUGGUGAGGAUGCUGCAGGAUAAUGAAAGUGACUUUGUGGAUGCUCUUGCGAGGGACCUUCAUAAGGUAAGAAGGGAAACAAAUUGUUUGAAUUGAUAGAACUGGACAGUAAAACUACAAUCAACAUGGUUUUCUUUAUUAUUUAUUUCUUGACAUUGUUUUAUUCAUUUUGUUUUUAAUUAAGCCCCGCUAUGAGACAGUUUUGGCAGAACUGAUUUUCGUUAAAAAUGAAGCAUUUUAUGCCAUCAACAACGUCAAAAAGUGGAUGCAACACCAGCAUGUGGAAAGAAACUUGGUGAGACAAUUGUUCUUUUAAAGCCGUCCAUCUCUUUGUUUUGACAGAAAUAUCUGCUUUGUGUUAUUGGGAUAGUUUCUGAUUUAAACUGCUUCUCUGAGAUUGCUCUAAAUCUUAUACAAAGACAUGUAUUGUUCCAGGCCUGCCAAGCUGAUUAAAUCUUUUAAUUUACUUGACCUAUUUGUUAGAAUUAAACUUGUCUGUUUGUUGUUCGACCUGAAUCCCACUUUCACUGUGUUUUCAUGAAACCUAAUUUUGAGUCUGACUGAUUGAAACAGACCACCUCGUUGGAUGAGUGUGUGGUGGUCAGUGAACCCCUGGGGGUGGUGUUUAUCAGGGGGGCCUGGUGCAAUCCUGUCCAAAUGUGUCUGGUGCCGCUAGUAGGGGCCAUCGCAGCAGGUACCCAACACACUCAUUGAAUCUGUGUCAUUCUGGCACUAGUUCUCCUUGCAGAGGUCACUGAUGACAAUGAACUGUUACAGGAAACUGUGCGAUCAUCAGCCCCUCUCACAUCACUUCUCACACAGCAGAGUGUCUUCAUCGACUCUUCCCCUUCUACUUAGACAAUGUGAGUAAUAAAUUAAGACAGUUACCAUGAGUUUUUGGUUGUACAGUUUACUGAGCCUGACAUUUUGUUGGUGUUUUUGCUGAAACUUUUAGUACAAUACCUAGAAAGUAUUUUUUUUUUGUCUGCAAAAGUUUUAAGACUCACUGUGCCGAACCAGGUAAUAGACAGUUCUUGGUUCUAUUUCAUCACAGGUGGUAUUCCAUCAAAUUUAUUUAAGCAAGUUUAAGGUUGAAUACAGAAGAUUUUUUAAAACCACCCACCAAAAAUAAAUAAAUAAAUAAUUACAAAUAAAUAAAUAAAUAUUUCCUUGAAGUUUUGAUGCUGUAAUGCAGUUGUGUUUAAUGUACUGUACAGUUCUCCAGUGCUGCUGCAGAAACUCCCUGAUCUGAUGUCAACUUUUUAUUUCCUACAUUUAAGGAAUGCUUCCAUGUGAUUCUUGGAGGCACGAAUGAGCUGCUAGAAGUGAUGAAACUCAAAUUUGACCACAUCUUCUUCACAGGUAUGGAUAAAACUUAGCUUUGAAGUGAAUUAAUUGGUCUUGCAGAUGAAAAUGUUAAAAGUUAAUCUGGGUUUCUCCCUAUCUCAAGGAAACAGAGAGGAAGGCACCAAAGUUGCACAAGCUGCUGCUUCCUCACUCACACCUGUAACCUUGGUUUUGUCUGGGAAGAAUCCAUGUUAUGUAGACCAAAACUGUGAGGUUAAAACUGCCGCUCAGCGUAUUGCCUGGGCCCGUUUUCACAACGCUGGACAGAGCAUGGUGGCUCCUGAUUACAUCCUGUGUCAUGAAGAUGUGAAAGAACAUCUUGUGCAGGCCUUGAAGGGCUGCUUGAUGCAUUUUUAUGGCCCUGAUCCAAGAGAGUCCAGCAGUUAUGGCCGGAUGGUCAAUUCAGAGAUCUUCAACCGUACAAGAGACCUGCUGUGUAAAUCUGGCAAAGUGUCCGUGGGUGGGCAAGUGAAUGAAGCUGAGAUGUAUAUUGGUAAUUGCACUUUGUGUUGGAUUCCCAGGAACAUGCUGAUCUAGUUUUUGUCUUACACUUUAAUACUGUUUUAAACUUUCUUUUUCUGUUUGCAGCCCCAACAGUUUUGACAGAAGUAGCAGAAAACGAUCCUAUCAUGCAACAAGAUGUUUAUGGCCCAGUUCUUCCUAUUUUAUCAGUGAACAACAUUGAUGAGGCAAUCAGCUUCAUUAAUAAGCAGGAGAAACCCCUCUGUGUGUAUGCAUAUUCUAACAAUAAAAAGGUACAGAACAGAGUUAAAGCAGAGUCCUUUUUGACAGACGGAUGCUUGUGUAUCCCAAUGACAUAUUAUGGCCUUUCCGGCAAUACAGGUCAUAUCAAAACUGAUGGCAGAGACCUCCAGUGGAAGCUUUUGCUCUAAUGACAGUGUCCUUCAAAGCCUCAUGGUAGCCCUGCCUUUUGGUGGAGUUGGUAAGUUGUUGGCAUCAGACUAUAGAUUAUUACCACACUGAGUGAAUGAAUGAGGUGAAUAAGGUCCAGUAAUAUGCGUAUGUUGUUCGUAUUGUUCUAGUUUUGUUGUUUUGUUUUUGUCUUGUAGGAGAUCUAAAUAAAUGAAAUAGCAUGAUCUAUAAAAUAUAGCCCUUUUUUUGACAGGAGCCAGUGGAACCGGUUCUUACCAUGGCCGCCACAGCUUUGACACCUUCUCUCACAAGAAAUCAUGCCUGCUGAGAAGCACACGCUUUGAGUGUAUUACACGUUUGCGUUAUCCACCCUACGAGGACCGCAAUCUGUCUCUGGUGACCUUGGCCAGCACCCUGUCCCAGAAGAGCCAGGGCUGGUGCCAGAUCCUGUGA